AUGUUAAGAAUUCUAGAAAACAGUGAUAAACAUAAUACAUUAGUUGGAGUAUUGGAUAAAAUAAAAGAUGGAUAUAAGGAAAAGAUUCAGCUUCGUGUUAAAUAUGAUAAUUUGCAUAUAUAUAAAGGCCACGUGGCUGGAGACUAUUUAUUGAAAGUUAUUCAUAAAAAAGCGAUAGAUGCAGAAAAUCGGUAUCAAAGAGAUAAUGUACUUAGCAUCCCUUGGAUAAAAAACUCUGAAACAAUUAGACUUGAAUAUUUUAUUGAACUUGCUAAGCAAAUUCAUAAUGGUGACAAAGAUAAAGCAAUAUCGCAUUUUAAAUAUCCAAAAAAAAACGAUCGAAGAGUGAAAAUUCGCAAUUAUAAAAGUUAUAAUGAUAUCAGUAAGUUUGUAAAUAACUAUAUGACAGAUGUUGAUGUUGAUUACCAAUUGAACAUUAAAGAUGAUUCAAUUGAUGAAAAUUUUGACAUGUUUCAUGAAGCUAUCAUGAAAGAGCUCUAUGAUAAAAGAAGUAGUUAUUUUCGACUAAAAGAAGGAGAAUUAUCAAAUCCAUCUGAUGAUGAAUUUGUUAUGAAAAGGCUAGGAUGCACAAAACCUUGUUACUGGUGUGGAGCUUUAUGUUGGGGAGGAAGAGGCCAUCAUGAAAAUAGCGGAGAAACAAACAGGCAUCAUACUAGCCAUCAACCAGGAGGCCUUAAAGGGACAAAAAAUUCACGCACAAAUAAGUUAAGAGCGAUAGCCUGCCAUAAACGUCCAAAUGAAAGUAGAGUGCAAUAUAUCAAGGAAGAGCAAAAAAAUCUAAAAUGGGAUGAAGCAAAAUCUAUUGACUUUCAAAAUUGGAAAUUUGAACCGCAUUUUAUAACUAAUUUUAAUGAAAUUAUGUGUUGGUUUUUUGAACAGUUGCAUGAAGAUCUGGCUGAAAAGUUUGGAUGUGAACCAGCAGAUGAGUCAGAAUUAAAAAAUUAUGGUUGCUUAAAAAAAGAUUACAAUGACAUAAUCAAUGUAUUACAUCAUUGCCUUGAAAAUAAUAAAAAUGAUUUUCGAUUUUAA